UGUUAGCCUUAACUGAGUGUCAGUUAAAGGGUUUUGCGUUUCAAUGCGCUUUAGUGCACAGUAUUUGUGGCAAAAGUAUAGCCAAAAAAGGUAAACAAAAAAGUUUUGAAAAACAUUUAUUUAUCUGAGGUUUGGAUCAAUUAUCUGAAGACCUCUUGAGCUGAUGGCCACCGCAAGCGAUGACCACAUCGACAGUCUGUACCUCAAGACUACUGAUCGCGCGUCGGAUCAGUUAACGGCCGUCGAGGAGUCGGCCGAUGAUAACGAUAUCGUGUGUAUGGUUUGCGGCCAAAGUGUGUCCACUAAUAGUCCUGUCGAUGAUAUCGGGAACCACUCGUCAACGACCACACAGUCUAAGACAGCGCCAGAACUGCAGAAGCAUUUGCUGACCACUCAUAAGGUUGUAAUCGCAGACAUCGACGCCAUCGGCGAAGACAUCGCGAAGUACUGCCGCUAUUGGCGACAGAAGAUGGUGGCCGUCGACUCGGAUGAAUGGAUCCACUUCUGCGCCACAAUCACCACAAACAGUGGUCCCAAUGAUGUGUCCCCUCCGGAGACCUAUUAUAUGAUCGGCGGAUCCGCUCAACAGUUCCCCGAAGACACCGCACUUCGGGAGCGCCUGAAAGCCCAGCGCCUGACGCGAGUGCUCGAGCAGUGGGAACGGGAGCGCAAC